AGGGAACCGAGCAUGCCACUAGUCCCCUUUGUUCAACUUAUUCGGAGGUACCUCUUUGAAGAAUGAUUCACACUUUAAGCACUUUCCCCUUCAAAGGUAACCAGUUGGUGGUGCCUCCUGUUCCUGUGGGCUUUGAAAUAGGUUCUUCUUGUGUUCCUGAUCUCAAUAGGAGAAGGAGGAUGAAGCUUGGUUUUGUUUUUUCGAUUUCUCAUAGUACAAGUGUUGGUGUUUUUCAAUGCUCAAGAAGUUCAAGAGGUUACGGGAAUGUUAUCUGUUCUGGAACCCCAAAUUUUGAUUUGAGAUGUGGGUUUUUGUUAGGGUAUUCUGAACUCAAAUUUGUUACCUUUUUUAAACCAAACAAGAGUCAUGUUGGAGAUUUGGUUCCCCCCUUGGGAUGGGCAUUGGAGGAGCAAGAAGCUAUUGGGGAUGAAGUGGUAGAGGAGAAGGCUGAUUCUACUGACAACACAUCAAUUAAUGGUGAGUUAGAGGGCAUGAGUUCUUUGAAUUUGGAUCAAGUCCAAGACAGUUACUCUGAACAUAAAAUGCUUGGUGAUGAUGAUAACAGAAAGGAAGAUGAGGAAGAAGAAUACAGCAGUAAGCUUGAUGUUCGAGCACUUGCCAUGAGUUUGCAGACUGCUAAGACAGUGGAGGACGUGGAGGAGAUUCUUAAGGACAAAGGGAACUUACCCCUUCAGGUGUAUUCAUCCGUAAUUAAAGGUUUUGGUAAAGACAAGAGAAUGGAUUCUGCAUUGAUUCUUUUUGAUUGGAUGAAGAAGAGGAAGAUAGAAACUAAUGGCUCUUUUGGCCCUAACCUUUUCAUAUAUAACGGUCUAUUAGGAGUAGUUAAACAAUCUGAACAAUUUGCAGAAACGGAAGCCAUUCUGAAUGAAAUGGCUCAAGAUGGAAUCACCUAUAAUGUUGUGACAUUUAAUACCUUGAUGGCAAUUUAUGUUGAGAAAGGAGAAGCUGACAAAGCUCUUAAUAUGCUUGAUGAAAUCCAUAGAAAUGGCCUUACCCCAUCUCCGGUAUCCUAUUCUCAAGCCUUGUUGGCAUAUCGGAGAAUGAGAGAUGGUUAUGGAGCUCUAAAUUUCUUUGUGAAUUUAAGAGAAAAAUAUCGUCAAGGAAAAAUGGGAAAAGAUGGUGAUGGAGAAGAUUGGGAGAAAGAGUUCAUAAAGCUUGAGAAGUUUACAAUCCGUAUUUGCUAUCAGGUACUGCGCUGUUGGCUUAUCAGUCGUGAUAACUUAAGCAACAAUGUUUUAAAGUUUCUUGUUGAUAUGGAUAAUGCUGGGAUUCCGUUGAGGCAUGCUGAACUUGAGCGCCUUGUGUGGGCUUGUACCCGUGAAGAUCACUACAGUGUUGCAAAAGAGCUGUACAGCCGGAUAAGAGAAAGGUAUGAUAAGAUCAGCUUGUCUGUUUGCAACCAUGUGAUUUGGUUGAUGGGGAAAGCCAAGAAGUGGUGGGCAGCUUUGGAGAUAUAUGAAGAUUUAUUGGACAAAGGGCCAAAGCCAAAUAACUUGUCACAUGAACUGAUAAUGUCCCACUUUGGCUUUCUUCUCAGUGCAGCCAAGAGAAAAGGAAUUUGGAGAUGGGGUGUCAGGUUGUUAAAUAAGAUGGAAGAUAAAGGCCUAAAACCUGGAAGUAAGGAAUGGAACGCAGUUCUCGUGGCCUGUUCUAAGGCUUCGGAAACUACUGCAGCUGUGCAAAUAUUUAAGAGAAUGGUGGAAAAUGGUGAAAAACCUAAUGUAAUUUCAUAUGGGGCUUUAUUGAGUGCUCUUGAAAAGGGAAAACUCUACGACGACGCCCUCCGAGUUUGGGACCAUAUGGUCAAGGUUGGGGUGGAACCAAAUAUAUAUGCCUACACAACUUUGGCUUCAAUACAUACUGCACAAGGAAAUUUUAGUAGAGUUGAUGCCAUCAUUCAGGAGAUGGUAUCCUUAGGAAUUGAGAUAACAGUAGUGACUUAUAAUGCAAUAAUUAGUGGUUGUGCGCGGAAUGGUAUGAGCAGUGCAGCAUAUGAAUGGUUUCACAGAAUGAAAGUUCAGAACAUCUCUCCCAAUGAGAUAACUUAUGAAAUGCUGAUUGAGGCCCUUACAAAUGAUGGAAAGCCAAUGCUAGCAUAUGAGUUAUAUUUGAGAGCUCGGAAUGAGGGCCUUAUCCUCUCUUCAAAAGCUUAUGAUGGUGUUGUGCAAUCCUCACAUGCUAAUGGUGCAACCAUUGAUUUAGGUGUUUUGGGACCUCGUCCUGCAGAUAAAAAGAAGAAAGUGCAAAUUAGAAAAACAUUGACUGAAUUCUACAACUUAGCUGAUGUUCCCAGGGGAACUGAACCAUUUGAUAGAAGGGAAAUUUAUUACUCAAAGACACGAGAAAGUCAAUAGGUAAUUUAAUACAUUGAAAUUAGCUUAGUCAAAUAUUUUGUAACAUCUGUACAUUCUGCUCUGCUGUAGCUUGAUCUUUUUGUGUCCGUAGCCCAAGAAGGUAAAAGAAUAGCAGUCAUGUUUUCUUCCACUUCUGUAAGCAAAAUACAGAUGUAACACUUUCUGCGGAACUAUUGUUGAAAUUAUGGCUCAAAUAUUUGAAAGGAUAUAGAA